AGUAAAAAACAAUAACUGUAAGCAGUGCAAUCGCUGAAAUGUGUUAAGUUUUGCCACGCCCCCCCAAACAAUUUGUGCAAUAACAGUUUAACUAAACCUUAGCCCCCUUCAACUCGCAAGCCAAAGGCAGUCAGUAUAAACAGCAAACAUUUUGCCCUCAUUUGCACAAUUAAAAAUGCUCAAUAUGGAGUCACCACAGAUGUACGACACCGUGCAGACGCUCUCCCAGCUGGACCUCAAAAAGCAGCCACCGCCCCAACAGGCCAUCAUCGGCCAGAUCACGCUGACGGCCAUGUCCAGCGGCCAGCAGCAGCAGCAAAACAACAACGUUGCAAACAAUAUUCAACAACAACAAUCCAAACAACAACAACGGCACCGAUGCCAACAACAACAACAGCCACAACAACAACAAAACGCUGGACUGGUGGUCAAACAACAUGCGGUGCAUCAAAUGCAGCAUGCCGCCGCCGCGCUCAACAACAACAAUAAUGCCUCCGCCAUUAAUGCGAAUGUGAAUAAUGUGAAUAAUUUGCUGCAAAAACAAAUGCUACAACAGUACACACAAUCCGAUUUGGAUGAGUUGACCGCGCAGGAGAUCACUUUGGAUCUGCAACAUCUGAUCGACGACCAGUUUCGCGAGCAGGAGGGUUUGGGCAUCUUCAGCGAUAUGGUCACCAGUCCGGGCGGCUUGUCGGCCACGCUGCCGCCCAACGGCAUGGUUAGUGCCGCGGCAAAGGUGCUGCAACAACAUCAGCUACAACAACAAACGUUACGCACACAACAACACAACUAUGGACGCAGCGCCUUGGCGUACAUGCCGCAAGCGGUGCACUCGGGCGCAGCCUACAGCAACAAUUCCAGUGAUGAGAACUCGUCGGUGGGUUCGGACUCGUCCACCAUCAAAGAGGAACCCAUCGAUCCGGAAUAUCGCCGUCAUCUGCAAGAAACCAAUGCCAAUAAUGCAGCAGCCGCCGCUUUCAUAACAAAUAGUGGCGCCAACGGGCUCUACAAUCCGUAUCAGACGGCGGCCAGCAAUGGGCCGGUGGGCAAUAACGGCGGCAUGAGCAAUGGCGUCGGCGGCGGUGCGCCCAACUUCACCAAUCUGACCUCAGCCAAUGUGUUGGCACAUCACUCCGUGAAUUUACCGCAUUUGGCGGCCGGCGCACAUCUACUCAAACACCACAACAAACAGCUGCACCAUCAACGCAAAUCUUCGCUGAAACAUGUCGAUAAGGGCAGCGAAGAGUAUCGUCGGCGACGCGAACGCAACAAUAUAGCGGUGCGAAAGUCGCGCGAGAAGGCCAAGGUGCGCUCACGCGAAGUGGAGGAGCGCGUCAAGACGUUGCUCAAGGAGAAGGAGGCGCUGCUGCGUCAACUGCAGGAGAUGACCAACGAAAUCCAGUUACACAAGCAGAUCUACAUGCAGCUGAUGAAUCAUGCGAAUCCAGAAGUGAGUCGCGUGUGCCGCAGUUUCCUCAACACCAACGAUCAUGGGCUUUAGAAGCGCCCA